AUGCCAGUCACAAGAUCACAGAACGGGAUGCAGCGAGGGGAAUCGACGUUGACUGUUACCUCCGCCACUACGUCCGAAGUCCGGACCACAGGCGAAGAGAAAACGAUCGAGCAGUCCACGUCGACGAGCGCUGCCAGCCAAUCAGAGCAAGCAUUGACUCUGAUACCAGCGGGUUAUACCCGGCGGGCCGCAUCGAGAACCGUAUCAAAAGCCAGCUCAAGAAGACUAGCCGAGGCCAGAGAAGAGUUGGCUCGCUGCGAGCUGCGGGAAGCGCAGGCAGCAGCACGCCUGGCCAGAUUACGAUUAGAAGCAGAAACGGAAGAGGACGACUCCGUUAUAGAAGACGUCAACGAUGACCAUGAAGAAAAGGUAGCAAACUGGAUGCGCUCAUCGGAACAAAAGCCAGAAGAAAUAGAAACAAAGAGCGACAUUCGAGCAAUAGCCGACGCAAUAAAGGAAGUCAUGACGAACCAUGUAAUGCCGCAACCGAAAUACAUUCAAGAGCUGCCAAUAUUUGAAGGGGACAGCUCCGAAUGGACGGCGUUCCGAGUUGUAUACGAAGAUACAUCUCCCAUGUUCUCGGACGUUCAGAACAUGGCGCGGCUGCGUAAGGCGAUUAAAGGCACGGCGAGAGAGAGUAUUAAGAGCCUCUUGUACUCAGAAGCGAAGCCAGAAGAAGUUAUUAACGCUUUACGCCGAAGAUUUGGUAGACCCAACGCAUUGGUGUUAGCCGAACUUGAAAAAUUAAAAGCGCUGCACAGAACGACGGAAAAUCCCAGCGACAUAUGCGUAUUCGCAAGCCAAAUAAACAACAGUGUAGCCGCCAUAAAAGGAUUGAAGAAACCGCAAUACCUGUACUCACCGGAAAUCAUGAAAAUUAUCAUAGAGAAGAUGCCUGCGAUUCUGAGGUUCAGAUGGUACGACUACACGGCUGCGAGGGAAGAGGAAUCGUUCUCAGAUAUUCAAACAAUAAGCGACUUCCUCAAUUUAGAAGCGGAUAAAUGCGGCGCAUUCGCGGUACUUGAAGACAGCAAAAGUGUACAACCGAGCGCAACGAUAAGAAGACCGGUGAAACAGGCUACUUUUAAUAUUGCUGAAAAGAGUAGACCAGAAGAAAUCAAGUGCCCAGUUUGUGAAUGCAACCAUAAGCUCAAAGACUGCCAAAGAUUUCUGAAUGCAGCAGUCAACGAGAGAUGGGAAACGGUUAAGAGGCUUAAGGUUUGUUUCAAGUGCCUUGUUGGAAAGCAUCGGAAAGAAGGAUGCCGAAGACCACCGUGCAAGUUGUGUCAGAGAUGGCACCACAGCUUAUUACAUGUGACAUCGGAGAGCGAACAAUGUCACGAAGAAGCAGCGACCAAGACAGCGACGGUCAAUACAAUUAGUACACCGAAAGCUAUUUUAAAGAUGCUUAAGGUGGAGCUAUACGGACCGGCUGGGAGCAAACAAGUACUGGCGCUGCUAGAUGAAGGCUCAACGGUGACACUGCUUGAUGAAAAAGUGGCUGCUAGCAUCGGUAUUAAGGGUCCCCGCGAAACCUUAAAUAUAGAGACUAUCGGCGCAGGACAAAUGAAAAAUCACGACUCAAUGAUUGUAGAUAUCAAAGUGAAAGGGAUAAGACAAUGCGAGAAGAGCACACUUAAGCGGGCAAGGACUAUCAAAGAGCUGAAAUUAGCCCCACAACUCAUCGAUAAAACCCGACUUAAGAAGUGUCAGCACUUGCGGGGUUUACUGCAAGACGUGUGCUACGAAGCUGAGGCGCCGAAGCUGCUCAUUGGCCAAGACAGUUGGAAACAUAUUGUCUCAUUACAAAUACGACGUGGAAAGCCAGGGCAGCCGGUGGCGUCAAGAACAAAGUUAGGAUGGGUUAUCCAUGGCUUCGAUAGCAACGGUGUGUCUCCGAUCAAUUAUGUAAACACAUGUGCACAUGCAAGAGUCGUCGAAGACAAAAUAAAUCAGCCAGUGAGAGAACAUCUUAAUAUUGAGUCUUUGUGGGUUCAGCCGAAGAAGCCUUCAACCGAUAUAGAACAGCGAGCACUAGAAAUAUUGGAAAGAAAUAGUCAACAAUUAGAAGAUGACAGAUCCGAGGUCGGACUAUUGUGGAAAAGGAAAGACGUACAACUUCCAAGCAAUUUGUCAGCGGCCUUCAACAGAUUUCAAAGAAUAGAAAAAUAUCUGCGUGAGGACGCUAAGUUUAAAAAUGAAUAUAGCACGCAAAUAGAUCUGUUGAAAAGCAACUACGCUAAGAAAGGGAGCCUCAACGACAUUCUGCUGUCCGGACCGGACUUCAGAACCGGUCUACAGUCAAUAUUAGGAGUGUUACUGCGAGUACGUCGAGGACUCGUAACGAUAGCGGCCGAUAAAAAGGAAACGUUUCUGCGGGUGAAUAUAUGUGAAGAAGACAGAAACAGUGUCAGGUUCCUUUGGCAAAAAGACAAGAAAGCGCUAGUGAAGGAUAACAGAAUGUUAUCAGUGAUUGUAGGAGCUGCGUCACCUUGUGCCAAGAUUUAUAUAAAAAACAGAAACGCAAAGGCCUUCUUACAUAAAUAUCCCGAAGCUGCGCAAGCAAUAGAGCGGAAUCGCUUUAUGGAUGACUAUUUGCAAAGUUUUCACUGUGUCAACGAUUACCAACGAGUUAUACAGCCAGUGAACUUGAUCCACAUGAAAGCGCACUUUGAGUUACGAGGAUGGACGUCGCACAAAAGAGUGAUCGUUGAAGACGACACCGAAGCUCGGAAAAGCUACUUAGAGCAUAUCGGUAGAAUAAAAGACAAUCGGCUGCCGCGAUGUAUGUCACUAUUCUGCACUGAGGGGGAGCUGCAUACUGUCGCAGACGCGAGUGAGACAGCGUAUGCAGCCGUAACUGGAGGUAAUGGAGAAUACUUAGAAAACCCCGUUGAUGUCAAGUCGAGAGUAAAGUCUCGGAAAUCAAUAUCUACGCCGAGACUUGAAAUGCAAGCAACCUUGUUGAGGACAGAACACAUAGACAAUUCACCAAUCACGAACCUAGCUGAGAAUUCGAAAAAGGAGACGCUAAAACCAAACUACAUUCUCAUUGGACGAUCCAGUGGAGCUGCGCGCAUACUACAUUUUCCUGAUGCGAAGCUGGUGGGCAGAAAAGAUUUGAAGUCCGUCCAACGACUCUCUGAUCACUUUCGGAAGAGAUCGCUACGGGAGUACUUGCCCAAACUACUGCCCAGGAAAACGAAUAAACUACAGAAAGGCGAGCAGCUGCAACCAGGCGACGUGGUUUUUAUCGUAAAACGCACGCUACUACGAUGCACUUGGCCGAGGGGAAUCAUCGAAACUACAUACCCCGGGCCCGACGGAAUAACCAGAAUCGUGGACGUCGCAACCAAAGGGGGAGUGUUACGAAGACCAUCGUCGAGGAUCCUGAUCUUGGUGCCUGCGGAGUCGCCGUGCAGGAACGACGGUGCUUCGCACGAGGGGGAGAAUGUUGGCGACUCAUAA